CGAAGGCGGCAGCAGCAGCAGCAGCCCGGACCAGCGGCGCCCCCGCGCUCGAGCAGCGGAUCGGCCGGGGACAGCCCGCCUCGUCUGGCAGACUCGAGCCGAGAUCAUCAGAAGAGGAAGUGGAGAAAGCAGCGGCCAGAACUGUGAAAAUAGGAACCUCUUUCCCAACAUCAUGAAGCUGGUCUUCGUCACCUCUGUAUUGCUGAGUGUUGUCCUCACAGACUUUGCCUCCGCCUGGGUUCAGGAGACGCCUUAUAAAGGAGUGAGCAAAACUAAAUACCAGCGCCAAGACUGCAACUGUUUGCAUGGAGGAAGAUGCGUCUCCUAUCACCUCUUUUCUCGAGUCAAACGCUGCUUGUGUCCCCAGAAAUACACUGGAGAUCACUGUGAAAUAGAUGCUGAAAGUCAGUGUUAUCUGGGCGACGGGGAGGACUACCGAGGGACCAAGUCGGUGAACGAGGAGAAUGAGCGAUGCCUCAUGUGGGAUUCUCCCCUGCUGAAGAGAUGGCCUUACAAUGAAGCCAGAGAAGAUGCCGUGGCGCUUGGCUUAGGCAAGCACAACUAUUGCAGAAAUCCAGAUGGCCGGUCCAAGCCGUGGUGUUAUGUUAGGAGGGGCUACCGAACCUUUUCAACCCCCUGCGACAUAUCGGAGUGUCACAAGCAAGUCACGUGUGGCCGGAGGAACUUUAUCAAGUACUUUAAGAUUGUGGGCGGGAGCAAGGCAGAGAUCGAGUCUCAGCCCUGGAUAGCAACCAUCUUCCAGUACAUGAAGAGAGGCGCCGUAAACAUGUUUCUGUGCGGGGCGACCCUCAUCGAUCCUUGCUGGGUCGCUACAGCAGCUCACUGUUUCAAGGGAAAGAAUCUUGACCCAUCCCAGUUCACGGUUGUUCUGGGGAAGACCUCGCUGACUUCCGAUGAAGCGAAUGAGCAACGAUUUACUGUCGAAAGGAUUGUCCUCCAUGAGGAAUUUUCAGAUGAAUCCCGGAAUUUCAACCAUGAUAUUGCCCUCAUGAAGAUCAGAUCGUCUUCAGGACAGUGUGCGGAAGUGUCAAACUCCGUGGCAACCGUUUGUUUGCCACCUGAAAACUUAGUACUGAACGACAAUUUCCGGUGCGAAGUUUCUGGCUAUGGGAAAGCAAACAGCAGUGAUAUUUUAUAUGCAAGGAUUCUGAAAUCGACCAAUGUAAAUCUAAUAUCCCAGUCCUUGUGCCGAGACGAAUACUAUCAUGAUCGCGAUCUCAAUGACAACAUGUUCUGUGCUGGAGAUCCACGCUGGAAGACUGAUGCCUGCCAAGGUGAUUCCGGUGGACCUCUGGUGUGUGAGCACAACGGCAGGAUGGUGCUGUACGGCAUUGUCAGCUGGGGAGACGGCUGUGCUAAGGAAAGGAAGCCUGGAGUCUACACCCGAGUCAACAAAUACCUCCCUUGGAUUGAGUCCCAUGUGAACAGCGUGCACUUCAAAAGCUACUACCCUCCGAAGUGAAGGCAGCACUUCCUUUCCAACGUGAACCUAAAGCCCGGAUCCGAGGUGUUCAUUAGAAUGCCAAACUUGUGGGAACUGAGCCAAACCACAAUGCCGUGCAUUGGAGCUCCAAAGUCUUGCCUUGGAGUUGAUCUGACCUCUUCAGAGGAUUCCUUUUAUGGCUUUUCAUAGGAUCGUUUGUUGGCGUUCAUCUCAGCUUGUCUGGAAUACAGAUCUGUCCCCAUCGCCGUGGAUGAUACAAAAAGUAUCCGAUGGGGGGAAAAAACACUAUAUAAUAUUUAACAUUUAAAUACAAAGUGUUUGCCUGCCAAUGUACCUUAUAAGUCAUAUUAUUUACAGGAAUGGGUAUGACAGUAUGGCAACAGUUUUUGUAAAGGUUUAAAAUCAGCUAUUCGCUUACUAAUGGAGAAAUGUGAUGCUCGCUGAAGUCCCUUUGAAACUGAACGGAGUGAGAUUUAAGUGCUGAAUUGUUUUGAACGGUUGGUUUUUAUGCGUCUUAAGUGCACUUAGCUUUGACUGGCUGAAACUCUUCAGCUUUUACCCCCAUUUUAAUGUUUUUGUCUGAAAUUUUUUUAAGGGAAGGCCAUCAGCAAUUUUGCUGUACGAACAGAGAAACAAGUUUAAAAUUGGUGGGGGGGGGGGGAGAGAGAUUAUCAGUCUUGAUCCUCUUUGAUCUGAGAUUGCAAAUGCCUUAAUAGUCCAGGUGCUCGGGAGCAACAGCCACAGAAGGCCAUUGC